UUGUAGCUAAAAAGAAAAGACCGUCGACUCGAAGUCGGAUCAAGUUAGCAAAUUGAAUACGCUAUCUAUCUUUUUUCAUUUACGUUGGAAAAGAAAGAUAAACUUUGAACUAGUGCAGCCAAGUGCAGCCAACGAUUUUUCUCGCAUAAUUUGAGAUUACUGUAUGAGCAUACUAAUAUUUCUUUUCGUGAUUCUUCAUAUAUUAUAAUAUAAUAGCACAUUAAUUAAUUUACAAGAUUUAUCGCGAUAAGAAAUAGCGAAACAAUGGGAAGAAAUAGUGGGAAAAGCAAUGAAAAAUACACGCUUUCUGCAAGACGACUAUCCCGCAAAAAAGGCUGGGUGAAAAGACGUAAACAAUUAAAAUUAGAAAAAAUCAUGCAAGGCAAGCUUACUAAUAAUGUUGAAAAUGAAUCCACUGGUCUUGAAAUUUCUACUGAUCUACUGCCUAAUAUAACAAAUUCUGAGGUCAAUACUGAGAUGCAUUGUCUUGAUCAAAUUAAGGAAAAACAAACAAAUAUCAUUAAAGAAAAAAUCACUAUAGGAACAUCUACUGAAGAGGAAAUCAUAGAACAUAGCGAAGACAAGAAUUCUCUUGAUAGAUAUAAUAAUGUAAAGGAAAUAGAGGAAUGUAACAAAGAAAACAAUCAAAGAAUUAAAUAUUCUAAGGACAAAAAAGAUAUCUUUAAUAAUGUUAGUUCUAAGGAUGCAUCUGACAUCCAAGAAAACUCAUCUGUAAACAGAUGCAUUGUAAAUUUAUCUUAUUUUACAUGUGAGCUUAUAAAAGUAUUUACUAAUCAUAAACAAGGAAUCAAUUGUGAAUUAAAAUAUUGGACACUUUAUGGUUAUUAUCGUUGUGGAUUGCUUACUCAAUUUCUUUUCAAAUGUGAUAGUUGCUGCUACAGGACUGGUAUAUGGUCAGAACCUGUAAAUAAUAAAACAGAAAAUCUUAAUGCCAUGGCUGUAGCUUCAAGUGUUAAAGCAGGAAUGGAAUAUUCUCAAUUGAAACAGUUCUUUACGUCUCUGAACAUUGCUUGUUUGUCAGAAAAAAUGUAUAAGGAGUACAAGGAAAAUUUGUUUACAAUUUAAAAAAAAUAUAAAAUAUAUAAAAAAAUGAAAUUAUUUCAAAUAAGAGCUAAAUUUGAAACUGAUUGGGAAAGUUAAAAUCAAGCUUUAUAUGCUAUUUUUUUUUUUUUUUACAAGAUAUAUACUCUUAGAUUUAUAAGAUAACAAGUUAUGCAAAUUUUUUUUCUUGAGUUAUCAAUUUAUAAAUUAUUGAUCUUGUUCUUCAAAUUAAAAAUAUAUAAAAUAUAUAAAGAAUGAAAUUAUUUCAAAUAAAAAUUAAAUUUGAAACUGAUUGAGAAGUUAAAAUCAAGCUUUAUAUGAUGUUUUUUUUAAUAACAAGAUAUAUAUUCUUAAGUUUAUAAAAUAAUGAGUCGUGCAAAAUUUUUUUUUUAAGUCAAUUUAUAAAUUAUUGAUCUUGUUUUAAUUCUAGAGUAUUUUUAAAAUCAUAAUAUAUGCAUUUUAAUUUGGAAGUUAGAAAAUAGAAAUUAAAUAUAGAAAAAGUUACAUUAAUCUUUUUAAGUUUAUGAUAUAGAAGAAAUUAUGAAACAUGUAGAUUUUUAUUACAACGAAAUUUUAGAAAAUGAAUGUGAUAUUUAGUUUAUUAUUUGUAUCUAUGCCUAGAAUUUGUAAUAGGAAGUUAUUUUUAUUUUAUUAUACAUUUUAUUAUAUCAAUAUUGUAUGAUGCUAUUUUGUGGCAUCUAUGAUGUCCUUGGUAUAAAAAUAUAAGUGUUUUUUGUGUAUACAUAUAUGUA